UUUUUCCGCGAAUAAGUUCGUUCUUAAAAACAUACGUUUCGGGGCACCGACUUUGGGGGAUCUAAAGUGUACGCAUGCGAGUGGGUUGUGAUCCUUGUUCUUGAAUUUUGUUCCCAGGACACUUGAAGCAACGGGAGCAACGGGAGAAGGAAAAUAAAGUUAGUAGCGAUGACUUGCUUCAAUUAACUCGGUAAAGUGAGAAGGUGAAAUAUUACGAACAUAACCACCAUCCGCUCCAAGUGUAUAAAAAAUUGGAGAACUCAAAAAACGUGUAGCAAUUCGACUGUUUGAGUUUUUUUUACUUCAAGGAGUCCCGGAAUCAGUGCUCUAAAAUGAGGAGCACUAUAAUAUUGCUCAGUUUACUGGUAACAUGUAAGGCUGAUAUCUCACUGCUCCUCAAAGGCGGCUACUCCCAGAAUAGCAUCGCCUCUGACGGAUACCAUUACGACAAACCAAAGAUAGCGUUCGAUACGCCGAUUCGACCGCCACCGCCGCCUCCACCGAAGCCAAAAUGUGCCAUAGGAGAGCAGAAUCCGGACGGAAGCUGUGGCUAUAGUUACCCAAAGCCGGAGCAAAGUUUCACACUGCCAACUACGUUAAGAAUAACCACAACUACGAGACCAACUACACCGAGAACAACCACAACACCUCGUCCAUCGUUCCCAACCAGAUGUCCACCAUCCCUGCAGAGGCCGGAUGGUUCCUGUGGGUAUGCCUACGAAAAGCCUGCUGAAAGUUUUACUGUACCUCAGCGUGUGACUACAACUAAGCCAACAACAACUACCACAAGGACCACGACUAGAAGAACUACUCCAACAACUAGAAGAACGACUACAACAACUACCAGACGUAUCACGACUACUACUCGCCCUACAACAACCACAACCAGGCCAACUACCAGAUGUCCGCUAUCUCAGCAGAACGCAGAUGGAUCGUGUGGAUACGUCUACGAGAAACCCGCACAAAGUUUCACGAUUCCCCAGAGAGUUACAACUACUCGUCCGACUACAACCACGACUAGAAUCACCACACGUAGAACCACCCCACCUCAAGAAUAUUUACCACCUACUACGACAAGAACUACAACGACACGAAGAACGACAACAACGACGCGAACGACCCCUCGGCCAACAACUACCACCCGACGAGUGAUUCAAACAACGAAAUGUCCUCCAUCACAACAAAACCCUGACGGAUCAUGUGGCUAUUUCUACGAGGUACCAGCACAAAGCUUUACACUACCUCAGAGAGUAACAACUACGAGACCGACCACUACGACGACAAGGACAACAACACGAAGAACCACUCCAGUUCAGGAGUAUCUGCCACCGUCGACGACUACAAGGCGUACCACUACCACGACUAGGCGAACCACUACGACUACCCGCCCAACGACUACAACACGCCGGACAACAACAACCACGCGAAGAACAACUCCAUUGCUGGAGUAUCUGCCACCAACAACCACUAGGACAACGACCCGAUCCCCAACUACUACUACUCGUAGAAUCACCACGACCCAGCGGAUAAUUCCAACUACCAAGUGUCCGCCAUCACAGCAAAAUCGAGACGGCAGUUGUGGCUACGUCUACGAAAAGCCAGCAGAAUCCUUCACCCUACCCCAGAGACUUACCACCACAAGACCCACCACUACGAGGAUAACAACCCGCCGAACAACGCCACUACUUGAGUAUCUACCACCAACGACGACCACUCGAAGAACCACCACUACCACACGCCCAACUACUACCACAAGACGUACAACAGCAACAACUAGGCCAACUACCACCACAACCCGCAGAACAACUCCGGUGCUAGAGUAUUUACCUCCAACGACAACGACCAGAAGGACGACUACAACGACUAGACCGACAAUCACCACUACAAGACGUACAACAACUACUACCAGACCAACCACGACUACAACGCGGCGAACUACAACCACCACUCGUAGAACAACGCCAGCCCCGGAAUACUUGCCACCCACAACUACAACACGGAGGACGACAACAACAACGAGGCCUACGACUACAACCACCAGACGUACGACCACCACUACUAGACCAACAACUACCACUAGACUAACAACUACUACUAGACGCACAACGACAACAACGCGAAGAACAACUCCAGCGCCAGAAUAUUUACCACCUACAACGACAACUAGAAGGACGACAACAACAACAAGGCCAACAACAACUACUACUCGACGAACAACAACUACAACCAGACCAACCACGACUACAACGCGGCGAACUACGACCACUACCCGUAGAACAACUCCUGCUCCAGAAUAUCUACCACCCACAACAACGAGACUUACAACUACGACCACCAGGAGAACAACAACUACUACUAGGCCGACUACCACCACAAGGCCAACAACUACCACAAGGCGAACGACGACAACCACGAGACCAAUAACUACCACCAGACGCAUAACCACCACCACAACGCGAAGAACAACUCCAGGUCCUGAAUACUUGCCACCAACUACGACGACCAGAAGAACCACAACCACAACAAGGCCAACUACUACAACCACAAGGCGAACGACGACCACAACACGACCAACGACUACCACUACAAGGCGAACCACGACAACUCGUAGAACAACCCCGGCUCCUGAAUACCUGCCACCAACAACCACAACCAGGAGAACAACUACUACGACAAGGCCGACAACCACGACACGGUUGACUACUACUACGAGGCCAACAACUACGACAAGGCGAACAACAACCACUACCAAACCAACAACGACUACGAGACGCACAACCACCACAACGCGAAGAACAACACCAGCUCCUGAAUAUUUACCGCCAACAACAACAACCCGGAGAACCACAACCACGACAAGGCCAACCACUACGACAAGGCGAACAUCGACCACUACGAGACCGACAACGACUACCACGAGAAGAACCACGACCACCACUAGGCCAACAACGACCACUACCAGGCGGAUAACCACGACAACGCGGAGAACAACGCCAGCUCCAGAGUAUCUACCACCAACAACAACAACCAGAAGAACGACGACUACCACAAGGCCAACCACAACUACGAGACGAACCACACGCUUAACAACCACGACACGUCCAACGACUACCAAACGAAGAACAACAACUCCGGCUCCGGAUUAUUUACCGCCAACCACAACGAUUAGGAUUACGACCAGACCACCAACCACGACUACUAGGCGCACAACGACAACCACUCGCACAACUACCCGUCCUACAACGACUACCACGAGAAGAACCACUCCCAUCAAUGAAUAUCUUCCUCCCUCGACAACAAGGCGAACCACCACCACCACACGUACCACGACGCGGCCAACCACCCGUACCACCACCACCACGUUCCGACCCGUGACAACGACGACGAAAAAGUGCGCAUCCUCAGCCAUCAACCCUGACGGAAGCUGUGGAUACGAUUAUCCCAAACCACCCAAACCAUUCACCCUUCCACCUCCGCCAGCGCAAUCUACCGGAUAUUCCUAUCCGAAACCUGCCAUACCUUUCGAUUUUUAAUGCUGUACAAGCGCAACUGUAAAUAACUUCUAGCUAGGUUCGAUAAUGUGUUAAAUAGUUCAACCCUUAAAUACUCAGCUGCGCCGUUCGUUUGCUUUGACUCCGACGAACGGAGUACAGUAAUCGCCAGAAAACUGCCCUGAGAAUAAAACAAAAAGUUCACUUACUUAUCCAAAUAGCAUUAGAAUAUUCAUAAUUAAAAGUUCACGUUUAGUUCGCUGCAAUUAGAAUAAUCCGACGACGUUGCUGACCAACGAAGACAGAUGGCGCUGGUUUCGUUGUACAUUCCGAUGAUAGGUAGCUCAAGCAGAUAUACAAUACCAAUACAAGUGACAAGUAUGAAACAAUACUCAGUAGUGCUAGGGAGAAAAAGUUUUAUCUUCAGUUUUGUGUUAUCAUGUUCGAACGAAGAUUUGAAUAACUAUUGUGAUUUACCAUUAUGCACUGUGAGGAGUUUUAUUGUUUUAUUUUUUGUAGUAGAUGUGAGAUUAUUUCUUAGGUGAGAGAAAAAGUGUGAGAAUAAAAUAAAUUUGUAUUAAUA